AUGAAAGAAAGGGCAGGCCAACCCGACAUUGUCUGGGGCAUGUUUGGAGGCAACAACGCGUUCUUCGGAGCUAUUGCAAGGGCUUGUAUCUACCAGCCCAUUUUACUAGAACACCCCUUUGGUUGGGGUCCACCUUGGGAUGAGGACUCUGAUGGAACGGGCUUGUGCAAGAAAAAUAUCCAGCAAGCGGAAAACUUUCUUAACGAUCCGAAUGGCAUUCGCAAAGAAUUUGCGAGGGCCUUGAACGAUAUCAUCACGGUUGCCCAAGAUACGCAGGCCUUGAAUCAACCCUUCGACCUUUACGUUAGCUCAUAUGUUCAUUUCUUCGAUAACACCACCGAUGCCUGUGACCAGUGGAGUUUUGCCCACGAUCGCCUAAGCACUGGCAAGCCAAAACUCGUUAAGGAACUCAGGACGAUUAUCAAUGAUAAGGUUCAGCAGUUAAAUGAUAUCCAGGCUGACGUGAUCAAGAACUACGAGAUACCCCCUCGUACUCCAUUCAACCCGAAUUUUCGAGUUCACAACUCCCAACCCGAUAGCAUCUUUAACGGGCACCGUUUCUGCGAGCCGAAUCACACGUUCGAGGAUCAGUAUUACAACCAGGACGUCUGGCUUUGGAACCUGCAGUACUAUGACGAGAAAACGGGGGAAGAACAGGGUGUGACAACAACAAACAACGGCGUUGAGUUUAUGGCACCCCCAGCUAGCCUCGAUGCAACACACGGGUUUCAAACGGUGCUAGGGGCGGAUACCAACCCCAUUGCUAGCAUCCCACAGGGCAAUGACGCCAAUACCCAGCAAUAUGGGUUUGGCUGGACUGCUCGGCCUUUCCAUCCCAAGUUUGGCGGCCACACAGCUCUCAAAGACUUUUUCAUCCAGCAAAUGAGGAAUGAUCAGAUUCCCGGCGUCAAGCCAGCAGUAUCACCCCCUUCGCAAGGUCCUCCAACAUCUCCAUCAACUCCUCAGGGAGUGCUCGUGUGCAACGGGCUGGGGAGUAGCAAGUAUGUUACCCGCGAUAUCGUCAAAGAUAGCAUCCAGAACAGCUUCUGCCCAGAUGCUGUUAUCAAAGGGCCAAUCCAAGAAAGAUACAAUCAAGGCACUCCAGAAGAGGUGGUCAUUACAUUACAGGGUCCGAAUGGGUUCAAGCCAAGUAGCGAUGACUGCACAAAGUAUCUUCUGGCCGUUAUAACAGAUGGCUGUGAUAGCAACAGCCCCCAAAACCCCGCAAACUACAAGGGGGUUGGUAUUGAAACAAUCGGCGAUAUUGCGUAUACGAUUCAGCCUCAAGCCCUUAGACAACCGGUAGUUAAGGCCAUACAGUAUGGAUGUGAUUCAAGCUACAAGGCACAAUUUAACGAAUAUACGGUCUGGGGCCAUGGGUAA